CAAACUAGCAGAGACUCCCAUCUUCCACGGCUGCCCUGCCUAAGCAGAUCUAGGUGCCCCUGCUCCGCCCCUACUGGAUUCGCUGCCCCGGCUGCGUGGGGCAGAGCUGGUGCGACACGGAGUAAAUUUGAGCCCUGAGGAUUGCCAUAGUUGGGGGAGGAGCUAGGGAGCAAGAAUUGAAAUCCAUCAGGCUGAAAUCUACCGUCGUUCCCGGCUGCCGGUAACCUGGCGGACGUGACCAUGGAUGGGCUCCUGCUAGGAGCUGGGAUGCUCCUGGGCUCCUACAUCCUCAUCUACUAUAACUUUAUCAAAGCCGUGCCCUGUAUGAGCCCCAUCAACCUAAAGGGAAAGACGGCCGUAGUCACAGGUGGCAACACCGGCAUCGGGAAGAUGAUGGCCCUGGAGCUGGCCCAACGUGGGGCCCGGGUGGUGUUGGCUUGCCGAAGCAAGGAAAAGGGGGAGGCUGCUGUCUAUGACAUCCGAAAGGAGAGUGGGAACAAUGAGGUUAUCUUCAUGACACUGGAUCUGUCCAGCCUGGCUUCUGUACGUUCCUUUGCCACUGCCUUCCUGAGCUCGGAGCCAAGACUGGACCUCCUCGUCCACAAUGCAGGGAUCAGUUCCUGUGGCAAAACUAAGGAAACCUUUAAUCUGAUCCUGCGGGUAAACCAUGUGGGUCCCUUCCUUUUGACCCAUCUGCUGCUUCCCCGGCUGAAAGCUAAUGCCCCAAGCCGGGUGGUGGUGAUGGCAUCAGCAGCCCACCGAGGUGGGCACCUGGACUUCUCCCGCCUGGAUCGUCCACUCAGUGGCUGGCAGCAAGAGUUACGGGCAUAUGCAGACAGUAAGCUGGCCAACGUGCUGUUUAUUCGAGAGCUUGCUACCCAGCUUGAGGGUACCGGAGUCACCUGCUAUGCUGCCCACCCAGGUCCAGUGAACUCGGAAUUGUUUCUCCGCCAUGUGCCAGGCUGGUUGCAUUUGUUGUUAUCCCCCCUGACCUGGCUGGUACUGAGAACUCCAAGGGGUGGAGCACAGACACCCCUACAUUGUGCCUUACAGGAAGGCAUCGAGCCACUCAGUGGUCGAUACUUUGCCAACUGCCACGUGGAAGAGGUUCCCCCCUUGGCCCGAGAUGACCGGGCUGCUCGGCGGCUGUGGGAAGCCAGUGAAAAACUGGCCGGACUGACUAAGGAGGGAUCCCUGGAUGCCAGCCCACAGCCCGGAACCCCGAGUAGUCCCUAGGCCCAAGGCACCACAGGCCCAGCACUCUCUAGGCUCCGAAACCUCUAGAUUCCAUGGCCCCCUGAGGGGCCAAGGGCAUGUGUAGCUGUGGAUGAGGGGGCUGAGAGUCGGAACCAUUCAGCUACAUUAAGGGGCUCCUAGGCUUGGAGCAGCUGCAUUAAUGCAAGGCUGUUAAACCGGAUGUAAAGUGAGGCACCUCUCUGGGCCUUGUUUUUCUCAUCCGGAGCUGGAGGCAGGUUAGAUGAAGACACCCCAGAGGUCCCCUCCAAUCCAAAACUGGAUCCUCUACCAGCACACCGAAAAGCCCCUCGGAACAAUUCUGGGACCCUGCUUCCUCCACUGAGCACACACAUCCGUGUGCACACACACACUUGAUCCUCUACACAUACAUAUUCACACACAUGUGCACGCAUACAUACGGAUCCUCUACACAGGCUCGUGUGUGCCUACAUGCAUGUUCACAUGUACAUAUGUGUAUGCUUGUGCGUGUUCGCAUAUGUGCACACACAUACUUGAUCUUCUACACGUGCAUGCACAUACACUCGUGCACAAUCACGUGAUGGGAAGGCUAGAGAUGAUUCCCACUGCCCUGUGCUAGGCCCCUACCCCCAUCCAUCUGUCUCCAGUAGACCCUCAGAGCUUUUUCAGAGCUGAGACUCUACCUUUCCUUAUUAUUAACCCCCUGGGGAUAGAAAUAAGGAAAGGUGAUCAUUGGCCCCCAAAGACCCCGGGGAUGGAGCUGAUGAGAUUUUUAUCUCUUCCCUCGUUGGAGGAGGAGAGGGAUGACUUUUUUCCCCUGGGAGGAGAGAGCGAGAAAGUGGCAUCCUAGGUGGUGGUGCCAAUUAGCCCCAGGGUGACCUCAUGCAGAAGAGGAGGGGCGGGGAAAAGAAGGGUUUCUGAUUUUGCGGAACCAAUAAA